CUGUCACCACAUCGUCCACCCGCACCACCCACUGAAUAUUUCCAGUUCAAUAUUGGCGGAUAUGAUCCGGCAAAUUUAUUGCGAACUAAUACGGAUGCGCCUGCAUUAGACGGUUAUAUUGGAUGCGUGCGUGGCCUGAAAAUUGGUACAAAUCUGAUCGACUUGGCUGAUGUCAAUGAAAGGAACAUAGCGCCCACACUCGAUGGCGUACUACCCGAUUGUCAAAUUAAAUGCGACGCAGAACCAUGCAAGAAUGGCGGCAUUUGUAAGGAAAAUUUUGCCAAACAGGAAUCCACAUGCGAUUGUGAGCAUACUAGCUUCCUUGGUGAGUUUUGUAUGGAGGAAAAAGGUGCCGAUUUUAGUGGUGAAUCGACAAUGCAAAGGAAAUUUGAGUUAUUUGGUAAAGUUGACUAUGUGCGACUGCAAUUGGCGUUCUCCUCAUUCGAUUUGAGACGUGCCAAUCGCGUAAUGUUACUACUACAGACCGCAGCAGAUCGUAGUUACUAUCUCAUGGUAGCCAUAACAGCAGAUAAUUAUCUGUUAUUCGAGGAAGACCGCGAAGGACCAGCAGUGGGUGCACGUAUAGAUCGUAAUUUUCUUAAUAAUGCACGCCACUCCAUAUAUUACUUACGCAACGGUACGGAGGCCACAUUGUAUAUUGACCGCGAACAGGUGCCAUUAAGUGCAAUAAGUGCACGUACAUUGACGCCGACAAGUGACUCGAGUGCAAAUCGAGUGCAAAUUGGUGGCAUCAAUACAACAGAUUCGAGAUUCGCUGUGUUCAAAAGUUACAGUGGCUGUUUAUCCAACAUUUAUAUACAAGUGAAUAAUCAUAUCAUGAAACCGCUGGAGGAGUACAUGCUAUUCACCAAAUCAGGUGCUGACAACAUAACAGUAAUUAAUCCACAAGGCGUACGAAGUGCACAAUGUACUGCUAAAUUUGAUAUAUUAGAACAGCCCCUACAGGAACCAAUGGUCAACAUAAGUCUGAGCGCCGAGACUUGGGUAGCGGAACCACCGCAACGCGUGCCCUACGUGGCGAAAUACAUUUACGAUGUGUCCAAAAAGGAAGAUUCAACGCAGGUCGUCUUCAUCACCUUAACAGCCAUGUUCGUCAUCAUUGUAAUUUGCUGUUUGGUGGAGGUCUAUCGCAGUCAUUUGGCGUAUAAAGCACGCAAAGAGCGCGAAACGGACGAGGAUAUUAUAUUAUCAAAGGAACAGGCAACUAAGAUGCAUAUUUCGCCCGGUGUGACUGGUGUACAACCGUACACAUACAAAGCGCUGCCACAAGAUGAGAAAAAGCCUGGCAAUGGUGCACCUUUAGUGGGAAUAUUAAAGAAUGGCAGCACAGUUACAAAAGAAAAUUUGACGAAGAAAAAUGGUGAUUUAGCAUUGGGCCAUAUUGAUACACGUAUUGAAGAAGUUGAUGAGGACGAAGAUGAACACCAUGCUGAUGAUGAUGAUGAUACUUUCAGUUCUGUAAGGAGCGAUAAUGAAUGUGCACAAGAAAACAAAAGUGAUAAUAAUGUUAAUAAAGAUAGCCAAAUCGAUAAAGAAAAUAGUCUUAAUAAAAUUAAAAAUAUAGCCAAAGAUAACGAAGUGAAUACCAUUAAUAGCAAUAGCAAUGGUAUCCAUACAAACGAGAAUAGUGGGAAAAUGGCAUUACAAUUAACUGGGGUAAGCGAAAAUGCCUUAAAUUCUAAUAAGGUUUUGAAUGAAAAUUCUUUGACAAAAGUCGAAGCCGAAAUCCAUGCGACAAGUGAAACAGAUGUCCCAACUGAGGCAGAAACUGUUGAUGUCAGCUCGAAUCCUGCAAAUAGUGCAGCGCCGGUAAGCAACUACUAUGAGCGCCAAUUUAAUGGCAACCUUAAUAAAUUGGCACCACUGAGCUCGAUUAGUGAAACGAAUUUGCAUUUUUGAUUUGAACCUAACAAAGAUUUUUAUUAAAUAAAUAUUUUAAAUAUUUUUAAA